AUGGUGUCGGCAGCAUCCGCAGUAACGGCAGAGUCGGCAGAUUCAGCAGGGACGGCCGUGGGGAGGACGAUUAGCAGCAGCAGCGGCGGCGGGGACGGCGAUUUCAUGACGCCCACAGGCGGCAACACGCCGUCCAGCGCCACCAGCUACGGCUCUGAUUCUUCUUCGGGUGGUUUUGUGCUGCGGCCGUUCGCUGCUGGCCCUCGGGAGUUCCGCACCAUCGCCCAGGGCAUUCUGAAUAAGGUGAACCUAAGCGGUGAGCAGCGGGAGCUGCUAGAGGAGGAGCUGGUGCAGCUGCAGAAGCUAUUAGCUCGGUCGCGAGACGAGGAGGAGAGGCUGCGAGCCAAGAUGCAGGGCGACGAGCAGCAGUGGCAGCAGCAGCUGCGGGAUUCAGCAGCCGCUCUGGCAGCCAAGGAGGAGGAAGCUAGGGUUCUUCUCUCGCGUGUGGAGGAGGGGGAGAGGGAGAGGGAGAGGCUCCGAGCUGAGGCGGAUGCGGCGAAGCUUGAGGCGGCGAGUGCGGGUGAGAAGCUAGCUGCGACCAAGGAUAAGCUGGGAGUGGCGAUUAGGAAGGGGAAGGAGGUGGUACAGCAGAGGGAGGCUCUGAAAGGGACGCUGGCUGAGGAGACUGCUGUUCUGGAACGGUUGAGGGAGGAGCUGGAGCGCGAGAGGGAGGGGAGGAGGGACGCGUUGAAGGCUGUGGAGGCGAAGGAAGGGGAACUGGCGGAGGGGAGGCGGAGGGUGGGUGAGCUGGAGGGUGAAUUGGAGGAAGGGCGGAAGAGGGUGGAGGAGUUGGAGGCAGCAGUUGCUGCAGCGGAGGGGAAGGCGGCAGGGAUGGUGGAGGAAGGCGGGGAGAAGGUCAGGGAGAUGGAGGAGAGAGUGAAGGUGGCGGAAGAGAGGGUGCGGGUGGCGGAAGAGGAGGUAGCUGAGGUGAAAAGGCAAGUGGCGGAUGGAAGGGAGCGUGCUGUGGAGCUGCUAGGGCAGGUGGCGGAGAGAGAUGCUCUAUUAGCGAGGAGAGGGGAGGAGUUGAGAGAGGUGGAGGGAAGGGUACGAGUGGCGGAAGAAGAGGUGGUUGAGGUGAGAAGGCAGGUGGCAGAGAGAGAUGCUCUGUUGGCUAGGAGAGGGGAGGAGUUGAGGGAGGUGGAGGGGCGCGAGAGGGAACUGGAGAUGAGGGUUGCGGAGGAGAUGGAGAGGAGGAUUGAGGAGGGGAGGGAGGAGGGGAGGAGGGAAGUGGAGAGGGAGGUGGGGGUGUGGGAGGGUAGGGUAGAGGAGGAGAGGAGUAAGGCGGAAGAUGCACUGAAAGAAAUCGAACGUUUACAGGAAAGAAUUGCAGAGACAGAGGGACAGCUGGCUGCUUUGCAAACAGAACUUGCUGCGGUGAGGGGUGAGGCAGGUGAGAAGGAGGGAGUGGUGUCAGGGUUAGAGGUGAGCCUGAGUGGGGAGAGGGAGAGAGUGAGACAGCUGGAGGAGAUGGUGGAGACGCUAAGAGGGGAGGUCCAGGAGGCGCAGAAGGCAGGAGGUUCUGAAGCAGACGCGAGGGAAAGGGAGAGUGUGCUGACUCGAGAGUUGGAGUCGUUGCAAGCACAGAAAGAGGCGCUGGUGGGUGCUGUAGAGGAUGAGAGGGCGAUGAGGGAAGAGGCGGAAGAAGCACAGAGGAGGGUGGAAGGAGUGAAGGGAGAGGUGGAGGAGAGGAAGAGGGAGGUGGAGGCAAAAGUAGAGGAUUUACAGGCAAAGCUAGAUGAGAUGAAUUUACAAGUUAAGGGCUGGGAGGAGCAAGUGGAGGGGCUUAAAGCUGAAGUUGUGGGUUGGGAGGAGAGGUUGGCUGGUCGGGAGCGGGAGUUUGCAGGUUCGGCUGCCGAAGCUGAGGUGCGGUUGGAAGAGGUUCGGCAGGAGCUGGAGGGGAUGAGAGGGAGGGAGCGGGAGUGGGAAGGGAGGGUUGGGGAGGUGGAGGAGAGAGUGAGGGAGGGUGAGAGAGCGUUGCAGGAGAGUGAGAGGCUGUUGCAGGAGGAGAGGGAGAAGGGGGAGGGGCUUCAGAGGGAGCUUGGAGAGAUGGAGGUGAGAGCAAAGGAGGCUGAGGAACGGGUUAAGGAGGCUGAAGCAAGAGUUGAGGAGGCUGACAGAAGGAGGAAAGAGGAAGGCGCUAGAUCGAGUGAGCUGUUGCUGCAAGUGGAGGAAGCCAGGAGGAGAGAGAGUGAGGUGAGCGAGGGGAGGGGUGGUGAGAGUGAGGGAGAGGCAUGGAGGGCUGAGUGGAAGGCUGAAGAGGCGUUGCUGCUGCAGAAGCAGGCUGAGAUAGAGGGGCUUUUGGUUGCUAAGGGGCGAGAAUUUGUGGAGCUGAAGGGAGAGUGGGAGAGGGAGAGGGAUGCGUGGGCAACCGAGAGGGGUGAGUGGGAAAGAAAGGCGAAGGGAUGGGCGAUGGAGAAGGAGGAUUUGCUUGGGAGGCUGCAGGGGGAGAGAGAAAAGUGGGAGGAGGAGCAGGGUAGGGUGGAGGAGAGUGAGGGGCAGCUACAGGAGCAGGUGGAGGCCGAGAGGAGGAAAGUGGCCGGGUUGAGAGAGGAGAGAGAGCAGCUUCGGAAGAGGGUGGAGGGAUUGGAGGAGGAGGUGGGGCAGGUGCAGGAAGAGGUGGAAUCAGAGAGGCGGAAAGUGGAGGAGUUGAGAGGGAGUUUGGAGGAGGAGGAGAGGCGGUGUGGGGAGAUGCUGGUAGAGUUGCAGGCUGUGGCUGAGGGGAGGGAGGCGGAGAGGAGGCAAGCGGCGGGGCUGACAGAAGAGAAGGAGUUGCUGCAAAAGAAGGUGGAGGGUUUGGAGGAGGAAGUGAAGCAGGUGCAGAGGAAGAUGGAGGAGGUGGGGGAGGAGAAGGGGCAGCUGCAGCGGAGGGUGGAAGGGUUGGAGGAGGAGGUGGAGCAGCUGGAGCAGAAGAUGCAUGCGGCAGAGCGGAAGGACGUGGUCACUCUCGCGAAGGUAGUUGCCAGCGAGACAGCCGCAGAGGAAGCAACCAAGCAGCUUCAAUCAGCCCAAUCCGCCCUCGAGGCAAAGCAAGCCGAGCUGGCCUCUCUGCGACAGCAAGCAGAGGAGCUCGAAGAAACCCUAGAGCAGCGCGAGACAGAGCUCGAGUCCCUGAAAACGGACAUUUCGGCUCGAGAGAUGAUCUGGCGUGCGUCGCAAGACGCAGAGGCACAAGCAGCAGAGGAUGCUAUUGCGGUAGAGGCAGCUGCUGCUAGGGAGAUGGCGGAGAGAGAGAGGGAUAAGGUGAAGGAGGAAGCAGAGGCGGAAGCAGCGGCUCUGAGGAAGGUUCUGGGAAUGCGGGAGUCGCAGCUGGAGAAGCUGCAGGCUCGGGUGGCCGAGGCUGAGGAGGUGGUUCGGGAGCUGGAGGAGGUUCGGGUGGAGCUCGAGAAAGCUCAGGGGGAGGUGGUUAGGGUUAGGGAGGAGAUGGGGGGAGAGAUGGAGAGAGUGAGGGAGAGUAGUGUGAUAGCAGAGGAGGAGGUGGAGAAGCUUAGGGCUGCUUUGGAGGGGUAUAGGGAGGAGGUGGAGGAGGGAGAGAAAAAGGUGAGUGAGUGUGAGAAGAGGGUAGAAGAGAGUGAGAAAGAGAGGAGGGCCGCUCUGGAGAAAAUGGAUGCGUUGCUUGGAGAGCUGAUGGAGAAGAGUGAGGAGAAUGAGAGGGUGAGAGAGGAGGGCGUUAGGCUGAAAGAGGAGGCCAGCCGGUUGAGGGAGGAGGCUAGUAGGGUGGAAGAGGAGCUGAAAGGGCGUGACGAGGAGAUUAGUAGGCUGAAAGAGGAGGUUUUAAAGGUAAGUGCAAGUGCAGGAGCUGAUGGGGAGAGGGAGCGAAUGGAGGAGGAGGUAGUGCGACUUAAUAGGGAGGUAGAGCAGAAGGGAGCAUUGCUGAAGGUCGCUGAAGACGCAAGGGCAGCAGCAGAGGCAAAGAACGCGAGCCUGGUGAAAAAGGCGAAGGAGAGGAUUGAAGGCAUGAAGCAGAAGGUUGCAGCUGAGGCCCAGGCUGCUGCAGAGGCGAGAGCCGAGGUUGACCGACUGAAGCGGCUUUUGGAGGGGGGAAGAGGAGAGGGAAAAGAGGGAGGCGAGGGAGGGGCAGGGGAGAAAGGAGCAGAGGCGAAGGCAACGAAUGUUGAGGACGCGGCCGAGAUAGAGGGGCUUCGUGCUAAGUUCUCUCUCCUAGAAGCGGAGCUUUCUCAGUUGAAGCAAGGGGAGGGGAACGGGGCAGGAGCAGGGGGAGAAGAAGCAGCAGGGGCGGCAGCAGGGGUGGCAGCAGAGGCAGCGGCAGAAGGGGAGAGGGUGAGGGAGUCACUGAAGCAGGCACAGGAGCAGGUGGCGGGGGUGAGGGAGAAGUUGAGCAAAGCUGUGCGCAAGGGCAAGGCGAUCGAGCAGCAGAAGCUGAAGCUGGAGGCAGACCUCGCUGCUGCCAGAGCUGAGAUUGACGCUCUCAGGGCAAACUCUGGGACAGAAGUCGCAGGGACAGGGACAGCGGCAGGGGCCGGAACAGGGGUAGGGGCAGCGGCAGCAGCAGUGGCAGGGGCGGCAGCAGGAGCAGUGGCAGCGGCAGGGGCAGGGGUAGGUGUAGCCGCAGGGGAAAAGGUAGUCGAGUUGAGAGGAUUGUUGGCAGAGGCAGAAGAGGGGAGGAAGAAGGAGGGAGAGGCGAGGCAGCGAGAGGAGGAGGCGAAGAGGAAAGAGGAGGAGGCGAGGAGGAAGGCUGAGGAGAGGCUGAAAGAGACAGUGGCAAUGAUGGAAGGAGUUACAGAUGCUCUUGUGGGGAGAGAGAAGGAGUGUGAGGAGCUAAGUACCGAACUUGCUGAGCUAAGAAAGUCUCUUAGCAGCGCUCAGGAGGAGGUUGCUAGGCUGAUGGGGGAGGUGGAUAGGUUGGAGGAGGAGGGUGGGAGGGAGAGGGCGGAGGCAGAGGAGAGAAUGGAGAAGGUGAAAAGGGAGAGUGAAGAGAUGGAGGGGUUUAAGAACGGGAAGAUUGCGGAGGUGGAAGAGAUGCUGGCUAUAGUUGAAACGGAUCUUGCUAAAGAGGAGCGGUUGAGAGCGGUAGAGGGGCAGUUGAAGGAGGUUCAGUCCCAGCUGGAAGCGGUUGAAGGGCGGUUUGUGGCGGUACAGGGAGAGAAGGAGGCAGCAGAGGAGAGAAUACGAGGGCUGGAGACUGAGAGAGGCGUGGGGGAAGAGAGAGUGUGUACACUAGAGGAUGAGAAGGCAGGUUUUGCUAGAGAGUUGGAGCAGGAGAAGGAGAGGAGAGAGGAAGCAGAUAGGAAUUUAGUGGGAGUGCAGUGUGGGUUGGAUGAGGAGAGGGAGGCGAGGAGAGUGGCUGAAGCUGAGCUGGAUAGUGUACGUUCUGAGUUGGCAAGUGCUCGUGAUGAGCUGGCGAGUGUCCGUGCUGAGCUGGCAGCAGCUGGUCGAGUCGAGGAGAGGAAGGAUGAAGGAGAGGCAGGAGGCAGUGAAGAGGAUGUGGAUUCAGUUGCUGUGAGAGCGAGAGUGAGGGAGCUGGAGGAGAGAGUGAGGGAGGAGGAGAAGAGAGUGAAGGAGGAGGGGGAGAGAGUGAGAUUGCAGGAGGAAAGACUGAGGGAGAAAGAGGAGAGAGUGAGGGAGGAGGCGGAGAGAGUGAGGGAGGAGGGAGAGAGAGCGAAGGAGUUGGAAGUGAAUGUGGCAAAAUUGGAGGGUGAAGUAGCAGAGCUGCAGUUGCAAUUAGAAAAGGAAAGGGAGGAAUGGAAUGUCACAAAGGAACAGCUCGGAGCAGAUAACGAGCGAGCUUGUAACGAGGCUACAGAGCAAAGGGACCAGGCAUCCCAACUGAGGACUUCUCUCUUGGAGCUUGAAGCACAGAGGGAUGCGUGGGCGGUUGAACGAGAUGCUCUUGCAGCAGCAGAGCGACAGGUGCAGGAAGAGAAAAGGAGUUUGGAGGAGCAGGGAGUGGUGCUGAGGAGUCGGAUUCAGGAGGUGGAGGCAGAGAGGGAUGGGUUGCAGGCUGCUGUUGGUCGGCUGGAGGGGGAGAAGGGCGGGUUGCAGGAAGCAGUGGGGCGCUUGGAAGGGGAGAGGGAGCAGCUAGUAGGGGAUAAGGAGCGUCUGGAAGGAGAGAGGGCUGGUUUGCUGGCACAAGUUUCUUGUUUAACAGCGGAGAAGGAGGGGGUUGAGAGAGAGGGAGAGCAGUUGCGAGGUGAAUUGGAGGAAAUUAGGAGGAGAGGGGAGAGUGCGAGGAAGGAGGGUGAGGAGAAGGGGAGGGUGGUAGGUGAGUUGGAAAGAGUGGUGGAGGUCUUGAGGGGUGAGAUGGAAGAGAUGAGAAGGGAGCGGGAGAAGCAGGCGAGGGAAAGGAAGGAGGGGGAGGAGGUGGGUUGGGAUGAAGCGGAUAAGGAUGAGAAGGAGAGGAGAGUAGAUGAUUUGGAGCGAGCUUUGCAAGAGAGGGAAGGAGAGGUGGAGAGACUGGUGAAGGAGGUGCGGGAAAAGGAGUUGACCAUUGAGGAGUUGAGAGGUCAAGUUGUGGAGAGGGACGGGGAGCUUGAGAGGCUGCGGGAAGAGGUGAGGGAGAAGGAAUUGAUGUUGGAGGAGUUAAGAGGGCAGGUUGGGGAGAGGGAGGGGGAGAUUGAGCGGUUGAGGAGUGAGGUUGGGGAGAGGGAGGGGGAGGUAGAAAGGCUGAGGCGGGAGGUGGGCGAGAAGGAGGCAGCAGUGGCGUCGGUGGCAGCGGCACGGAGCAAGGCAGUGGAGAAGCUGAAGAUGAUGGUUGAGAAGCUCAAGGAGGUGCAAGCGCAGUCGGAGGCAGUGGUGCAGGAGGCAGAGAUGCGACUGGAGGAGAAGGACAGGGAGAUGGAGGAGCGGCUCACGGAGAAGGAUGCGGAGCUGCAGAGGGUGUGGGACCGUCUAAGAUUGGUCGAGGCUCAGUCGGGAGGGGUGGCAGACGGCAGUGCUCCUGCCCCUGCAACCGCUGCUGUUUCUGGUUUCUCUGGUGAUCAGGCAGAAGCAGCUGCUGCUACUGGUGCUGUUGCUGGUGCUGAUUCUGGCGUUCGCAGUGCUGCUGCUGCAGGUGGUGAGGGGGAGAGCAUGGCAAGUGGUGCAGUAGCCACGUGGCAGGAAGCUGUUUCUUUGGCGCCGCAACAGCAGAAUUCUGAGGCAGGCGCUGCUGCUGGUCUUCCUGACGUGGCAGAGAAGGAUGCUGAGCUGGCAAGGCUGCGCGAUGAGGUGGCGGUGGCGGGCGAGGCGGUGAGGGUGCUGGAGGGACAACUGGAGUCUGCGAGAAGAGAGGCAGAUGACCUGAAGCGCAAGGCACUUCCCUCACCCCUGCCCUCUUCCUCCUCUUCCUCACAAUUAGCCUCAGCGUCAGCCUCCACGCUCCUGCCAGUCACCACACAGAGGAAGGCAACACCUGGGGGAGGUGCAUCUGACACGUCAGCAGAGUACCUGCCUCUGCUGGCGCAGAAGCUCGCCACGUCAUCGUCCGCCUCGCUGGCAGGCCACACGGCGCUGCAGAUUGCUGACUCGUACCCCGACGAUGAAGUGCACGGAUUCAAGUCAAUCGUCAGUGCCUUCCGCUUCCUGCCAUCCUUCCUGCACCCAGCUGCCAAGGGCAUCGAUCGCCUCUGUGUGGCGGGAGGGCAGUCGCUGAUGGCACGGCCCAUGAUGCGCCUGCUGCUCGUGCUCUACUGGAUGGCCAUGCAUGCUGCCAUGCUCGCCAUGCUCGCCGCCCUCACUGUUGCUUGA